AUGUGUACAUCUGAACAUCACCUGACCUCCUGCUGUCUUCUGUGUUUCACCUUCCACCUGAUCCUCGCACUCCAGUCCCCGUCCGAGCUUGCCUCCAACCAGGUACCCUUUUACCUCUUGGCCGUGACCUCCCAGGCUGUAGGGGGCACCACAGAGAAGCUAUGUAUCACGGUGAACCCCUAUGAAGUAGUUUCAUUGGAAGUGAACCUGGAUCUUAAUGGCAACAGAGUGGUACUUCUGAAAGAAAUAUUUAUUAGACAAGGAUACUACCGCUGUAUCCCGUUCCAGGUUCCUGUCGUAAGCGUGGAAUCAGUAGCGUCUAUUGACAUUCAGAUAAAUGGAGAAAGCACAUCCCUGUACAAGACAACAAAGAUCCUCAUCAAACCUCCGACUUCUCUGAUUAUCAUUCAGACGGAUAAACCCAUCUACAAACCAGGACAAACUGUGAUGUUCCGCAUCGUCUCUCUUGAUUACAAUUUCCUCACCUACAAUCAGACGUUUCCAACAAUAGAAGUGCAGGACCCAAAUUCGAACCGCAUUGGUCAGUGGCUGAACGUGCCCUCGUACGGCAGUGUUGUGGAUCUGUCAUAUCCCUUGAACUCUGAGGCCACAAAAGGAUUUUAUGUCAUCACUGUCCGGAGCCAGAAAAAUGAAGAGAAAAGACAAUCCUUUGAAGUCAAGGACUACGUUCUGCCCACGUUUGAAGUGACGGUCCAACUUCCUCCAGUCAUAACCAUCCUGGACACACAGGCUACGCUGAAAGUGUGUGCUAAAUAUACAUACGGGAAGCCGGUGAAUGGGACGGUGAAGGCCAAAGUCUGCCAUAACAGCUACAGAUACUUCUGGUUCCCACCAGGAAGCACAAUGCUACCAGACAUCUGCAAGGACUAUAUAUUCAAGGCAGAGUAUGAAACCACUAACAGAAAAGUUGUAUAUGUGGCAAAUCAGCUCACACCAUACUACCCCACAGCCUACCUCCAUCUUCAGCCUUUCUACUCCAAGAGCCUGACAGAGAUCAAAGGCACACUGUUUCUGUCACUGAGGAACAUGCUACAGUUUUCCCCGGUUGCUCAGGUGGUCCUGUACACAAUCCUUUCCAGUGGUGAGGCUGUAGCAGACAGCAUGAACUUCCCUAUUCAGCUGUGUUUUGCUAACAAGGUGUCUCUGAAUUUCUCAGAAUCAUCGGAGCUUCCUGGUGCUAAGGUGUCUUUGAUCCUGAGAGCCACCCCAGGAUCACUGUGUUCAGUGAGGGCCAUCGAUCAGAGUCUGUUAUUGCUGCGACCAGAGAAUGAGCUCAACACGGAAUCUGUGUUCAACAUGCUGCCUGUGAAGACGUUAUCAGGAUAUCCAUACAACUUCUAUGAUGAGGAUUCAUCCGAAUGCUGGGGGAGGCCAGUUUAUAUACCAAACUAUGGUAAAAUCGAUGUGUACAACACGUUUAAAGAUGUUGGAAUCAAGAUACUCACCAAUGCCAUAGUCAAGAAACCUAUUGAUUGUUUUCCAUUUGAAACAACUGUUGACAUAGAAGAAACAAUCAUGCCUACACGAAGGAAUAUAAUGCCCAUGCUACCAUUAACCACGAAUACAACACCCAUGACUGCAUCAACCACAGCUGUAACAGAUUCUUCAACUACCUCGAGAUCAACAACUCCUUCAGUUGCCCCAGUCGUUACGAUCCGCAAAUAUUUCCCAGAGACGUGGAUUUGGGAUCUCGUUUCAGUCAGUCAGACUGGAUCAACGACUGUUAUUAAAAUGGUUCCAGACUCCAUCACUACAUGGCAGGCUGGUGCAUUUUGUACAUCAUCUGUUGGGUUCGGAGUCGCACCGAAAACCCAGCUCACUGCCUUCCAGCCUUUCUUUGUGAGCCUCACCAUGCCAAGCUCCGUCAUCCGAGGAGAAGUAUUCACGCUUAAAGCCACCAUCUUCAAUUACCUCCAAAGCUGCAUGAUGGUAAAGGUGAGUUUGGCUGGCUCAAAUCAAUUCUCAGCACAAGUGUGUAAAGACUGCAGUUACACAAGCUGCCUGUGUGCUGACGAGAGCCAGACCUUCUCCUGGACCAUCACACCACUGGUUCUGGGGGUGGUAAGCAUCAAUGUGACGACGGAGGCUGUGCAAUCAUCGACUCUGUGUGGGGCGAGUGCGGUUACUGUACCACAGAAAGGACGCAUCGACAUGGUCAUUAAAAGACUGCUAGUGAAGGCUGAGGGAACCAAACUAUGUAAAAGCUACAAUGAACUUCUCUGUCCAGAUGGUAUUGUUCAGACGACCGUCUCACUGACUCUGCCUGAGGUGUUCGUGGAAGGUUCAGCCAUGGCCUCAGUCUCUGUCCUGGGAGAUCUGAUGGGCCGAGCUCUACAGAACUUGGCGAGUCUUCUUGCGAUGCCGUACGGCUGUGGAGAGCAAAACAUGCUACUCUUCGCCCCCAACAUCUUCAUCCUGCUGUACCUGGAGAGCACCAACCAGCUCACACCCCAGAUCAGGAGCACAGCCGAGACCUACCUCGUGAGCGGAUAUCAGAGAGAACUGACCUACAAACACACUGAUGGAUCUUACAGUGCUUUUGGGAUGAGUGAUCGAUCAGGCAACACAUGGUUGACGGCAUUCGUGAUGAAGUCUUUCAGAAGUGCCAAGCGAUACAUCUUUGUAGAUCAGAUGCUUGUAGAUCAGGCGAAGGCCUGGCUCGGUCAAUGGCAGCAGGCUAACGGAUGCUUUGCCUCAGUGGGACAACUCAUCCACACUGACAUGCAGGGAGGGGUGAAUGAUGAGGUGACUCUCUCAGCGUACGUCGCAGCUGCAAUGCUGGAGCUCAAUUAUACAAUUGCAGAUCCUGUGGUGAACAGGAGUCUCGCGUGCCUGAGGAAUGCGUACACUCAGGUGAACUCCACCUACGCCAAGGCUCUCCUUUUCUACACCUUCACUCUAGCUGGAGAUCAGGGGAUGAAGAACACUCUCAUCUCAGACCUGGAUGCAAAGGCCAUAGUUUCAGGGGGCGGGAGGCACUGGAGCAGAUUGGAUAGUGGGUCUGUGACGGACUCUUUGGAGGUGGAGAUUACCUCGUAUGUGCUUCUGGCUCUGAUGUCUGGACCCCAGCUCUCCGGAUUUGGCCUGGGUUACAGCGCCAGCAUCGUCCGUUGGCUUUCUCAGCAGCAGAAUGCCUACGGGGGUUUCAGGUCUACACAGGACACUGUCGUGGCUCUUCAGGCUCUGGCAAAAUUCAGUCUCGUCAACUACAGUCCAGCAGGAGCUGUUACUGUUACUAUAACAUCAUCAUCAGGGGUGAUUAACACAUUUAACAUCAAUCAGAGUAACAGGCUGCAGUAUCAGGAGAGUCAGCUGGAGGAGGUUCCUGAAGAUUACAACGUCACAGCACAAGGGAAAGGCUGUGUGUACGUGCAGUUCACUUUGUGCUACAACAUCCCUCCUCCUCCUGACCAGUCUUCAUUUACUAUCUCAGCCUCAGCAUCUGGAAAAUGCAAGGUCCCAAAUCCAUCUCUGGAAGUGAAAAUUACUGUCAGAUAUAAUGGUCAACGAUUGGUGACCAACAUGGUGAUCAUUAACGUCAAGCUUCUGUCUGGAUUCAGUGCGGACGAGGCGUCUGUGAAGCUUGUGAACAGCAGUCCAGAUUCGACUGAUGGAUCUGUGAACAUUGUGGAACAAGCUGAUGGUGAAGUCAUUAUCUACCUGAAUGGACUGAAAAAAGGAGUGGAGAAGGUGUACACGCUGAGGAUCGUGCAGGACAUUGCAGUGGCAAACCUGAAACCGGCCGUUGUGAAGGUUUACGACUACUACGAGACUGCAUCUGGCCAGUACAGUGCCCUCAAUAAUAUAACUCAAUUUGUGGAACUAUUCUUGAAGGAGUUUAGGCAUCCAGGUCAGAGCAAUGAUCUGGAUCAUCUUUUUAGGGGAGUCAGUGUGAUGAACAAGCUUGACCUGCCAUUCCACACCUAUUAUGAGUGGAUUGACAGGGCAGCCUCCACAGCUCAGCUUCAGGCCCCGGCUGACAGGGCAGUGGUGGAGGCGACUCUGAUAUGCAAGACCGAGGACUGCGGUAAAGAGGCCCAGCUACAGUGUCCCACAUGCAGGAAACUGGGGAUCCAUGGAUCAUAUUUCUGCUUUUGGGGAUGUUUCAAGAGCAGCUGGCAUACUCCACAAGAGGGCACUUGCUGA